CACAAGCAGCUUCGCUUUAACUGGAGUGCCUGGGAGUCGCGUGCCAGGAGCCGCACGGCCGGGGACUGACUGACAGACAGACACGCACCACCACCACAACACACGAGACCCGGGCAGGUCGCCGCGGCCGCCGGGGCUCUUGGCAAACUCGCCCGUCGGAGCGGUCCCCUGCGGAGCCGCGCUGCAGUAGCGCCAGACCCGCUGCUUCCAAGCGGGCAGAAGGAGCAGCGCUGCGCUCCCGGCUGCGUGGAGAAUCACGGCACACGCUAAAGUAAGAGCGACGCCGAGGCACACAAAGCGAACUAAGAUGUUUGUCAAAUCCGAGAGCUUGGAGUUGAAGGAGGAAGAGGACGUGCUGGUGCUGCUCGGCUCGACCUCCCCCGCCUCGGCUGCUCUGACCCCGCAGUCUUCCAGCGCCGACGAGGAAGAAGAGGAGGAGCUGGGCGAGUCGGGCGGGGCGCGUCGGCAGCGUGCGGCAGAGGCCGGGCCCACGGCGCGGGGCGGCUCGCCGGGCGGAGCCGAGGGCUGUCGGCCCACACGGCUACUGGGUCUGGUGCACGAGUGCAAACGGCGCCCGUCUAGGGCGCGGGCUGUUUCCCGUGGAGCCAAAACGGCCGAGACGGUGCAACGCAUCAAGAAGACCCGUAGACUGAAGGCCAACAACCGCGAGCGCAACCGCAUGCACAACCUCAACGCGGCGCUGGACGCUCUGCGUGAGGUGCUCCCCACUUUCCCCGAGGACGCCAAGCUCACCAAGAUCGAGACCUUGCGCUUUGCCCACAACUACAUCUGGGCGCUCACCGAGACCCUGCGCCUGGCCGACCACUGCGGGGGCGCCGGGGGAGGCCUGCCGGGGGCGCUCUUCUCCGAGACGGUGUUGCUGAGCCCAGGAGGCGCUAGCGCCGGCCUGAGCAGCAGCGGAGAUAGCCCUUCGCCUGCCUCCAUGUGGAGCUGCACCAACAGCCCCGCGCCGUCCUCCUCCGCGUCCUCCAACUCCACUUCUCCCUACAGCUGCACUUUAUCUCCUGCCAGCCCGGCGGGUUCAGACAUGGACUAUUGGCAGCCUCCACCUACCGACAAACACCGCUACGCACCUCACCUCCCCGUAGUUAGGGACUGUAUCUAG